GUCAGAGUCCAGCUGAGCGAAGGGAAGAAGGAAACGAGAAAUAAAAAGGGGGAAAGCAGGUUCAGAGGGAGCGGACGGAGUGUGUCAGGGCUGUGUCGUGCUCACCGCGGACAGACACACACUGAACAAACACAGACGGACAGACAGACAUGGAGAGCUCCACUGAGGAAGACUACAAAGAGAAAUUAUUAUGGAACGUCAAACGAGAGGUGAAGCAGACUAUGGAGGAAGCUGUGACGAAGAAGUUUGUCCACGAAGACAGCAGCCACAUCAUCGCUCUGUGCACUGCCAUCGAGGCCUGCUUGGGUCACCUGUUGAAGAGACGGGCCGCUGGUUUCCUCCGCAGCGACAAGAUCGCAGCCCUCUUCACCAAAGUGGGCAAAGUCUACGAGACGGCCGGAGAGAUUUGUCGUAAAGUGCAGGAGCAGCUCCAGCAGCAGGCAGACCUCACCAGGAGAACCCAGAGUGUGAGCCACGAGCCCCUGAGGAGACAGGGCUCGUCCACCACCUGCCGCCCCCCUCAGCCGCUCUCUGCCCAGGCCAUCAAACACAUCUGGGUCCGCACGGCUCUGUUCGAGAAAGUUCUGGACAAGAUAGUGCAGUACAUCGUGGACAACUCCAGUAAAUACUACGAGAGGGAAGCACUGAUGCAUGACUCAGUGUUCGGGCCAAUCCUGGCAGCCCUGCUGGUGGGCCCCUGCGCUCUGGAGUAUACCAAACUGAAGACGUCGGAUCAUUUCUGGACGGACCCGUCAGCCAAUGAGCUUGUUCAGCGACACAGAAUCCACGGAGCUAACCGGGGCCAAGACACUGCGACGGGGCGGCGGCCUGCUCUGGGGAUCCGUAAGAGGCAGUCGAGUGGCAGCAUGUCAGAAGAUCGGUUUGCUGCAUCAGCGAGGGAGUACGUCGAGUCUCUUCACCAAAACUCCAGAACUCACCUCCUCUAUGGCAAAAACAACGUGAUGGUGCAACCGAAGAAAGACAUGGAGGUGCUACGGGGCUACUUAUCACUUCACCAGGCUGGAGAAAACCUCACCCUGAAGUGGACGCCGAACAAGCUCAUCAACGGCACGCUGGGAGACUGUGACCUGGAGAAGAGUAUCUACUGGGAUUACGCACUGACCGUCCCUCUGCGCCAGAUAGUCUGCAUCCACUGUCACCAACGACCUGAUUGUGGAGGCACGCUUGUUCUGGUCAGUCAGGAUGGGAUCCAGCGGCCGCCCCUUCUUUUCCCCCCUGGUGGUCACCUCCUGGCCUUCCUCUCCUGUCUGGAAACCGGGCUUUUACCGCGGGGUCAGCUGGAGCCCCCCCUCUGGUCCCAGAAAGGAAAGGGAAAAGUGUUUCCUAAACUGAGGAAGAGGAACAGCUGUGCUCGGCUCAUCGACCAGGACAGGAACAGUGAGGAGGAGACAGCUGCCGACUACGUGUUUCGUAUUGUUUACCCUGGAUACCGAUACGACGCCAUCACCAUAAACUACCACCACACCACGGGCAGCCGCGCUCCGUCGCUGGACGACGACGAGGAAGAGGAAGAUAGGCUCCAUGCAAUGAUCUCAAUGAUCUGCUCGCGGAACCUCACAGACCCUAAUGUCAUGAAAGACCAUGGGGACAUGAUGGAGAUGCAGGGUUUUGGAGGCAGCCCGUCGUCGUGGCAACAGGCUGAAGUUACAACUCACGAGCUACUGUGCCAGUCCUGCACCACGGCCGGCACUAACUUGUCAUUUGAUCUCCAGUCCGGCUGUACUUGCAUACAUGACACGUUAGACAUUCACACUGUUCCUCUUAAGAUGCUCUGCCAAAAUAUGAAGAGGCAGAUAGUGUCCAGAGCCUUUUAUGGCUGGCUGGCCUACUGUCGUCAUCUGUCCACUGUGCGGACUCACCUGUCAGCUCUGGUCAAUCACAACAUCGUCCCUCCUGACAGACCCUGCGAGGCAUCCGGAGGUCUCAGCAAAGAGGUGUGGAGCAAGUACCAGAAAGACUGCAAGAACUACAAGGAGCUGGAGCUGCUGCGGCUGGUGUAUUAUGGCGGAGUGCAGCACGAAAUCAGAAAGGAGGUUUGGCCUUUCCUGCUGGGACACUACAAGUUCGGCAUGGGAAAAAAAGACAUGAGCCAGAUUGAUAUGAAGAUCAGUGAGCGCUACCAGCAGGUGAUGCGGGAGUGGAAGGCCUGUGAGGUGAUCGUCAAGCAGAGGGAGAAGGAGAUGCAGUCGGCCAUCUUUGCUAAGCUCUCUUCAGGCAGCAGCAUCGACAGCCAUGUCCUGAGGCUCGUUCACAGAGACUCCACACUGAGCAACGAGGUGUUUAUGUCCGUGGAUGAGCCGGACGCAGGGAGCCAGGAGACCCCCAGUGGAGAGGACAGUACCCCCACCAUGACCACCCUGGUUCCCCCCGCAGCCCUCCCGCAAGAGGAGCGCCCUCUGGUGGAGUUUGACUCCCCCGACUCGGGUCUUCCCUCCUCCAGAAACUACUCAGUGACCUCUGCUCAUUCCCAGAUCCUGUCCAGCAUAGACGACGGGCAGAGCACGGAGGAGGAAGGGGGGGGCAGGGAGGAGGGCAGCACUCCAGGUGUGCUGGGGGGGCGUCAGGAGUCUUUGACUGAGGACAAACUGUGUAGCCAGCUGGACAAACUGGUGACCAACGGAGCAGAUACAGAGGGGAUCUUACCUUCACUCUCCUCGUAUACCAUCGAGCUGUUGGACACAGUCGCUCUGAAUCUCCACAGAAUAGACAAAGACGUACAACGCUGCGACCGCAACUAUUAUUACUUCACCACAGCCAACCUGGAGAAAUUACGAAACAUCAUGUGCAGCUAUGUGUGGGAGCAUUUAGAGAUCGGCUACGUUCAGGGCAUGUGCGACCUGCUUGCUCCACUCAUGGUCAUCCUGGAUGAUGAGUCCUUGGCCUACAGCUGUUUCACUCAGCUAAUGAAGAGGAUGAGUCAGAACUUCCCUACCGGUGGAGCCAUGGACACACACUUUGCCAACAUGAGGUCACUUAUCCAGAUCCUGGACUCCGAGCUGUUUGAACUGAUGCAGCAGAACGGAGAUUACACUCACUUCUACUUCUGUUACCGCUGGUUUUUGCUGGACUUUAAGAGAGAGCUCCUGUAUGAGGACGUGUUUGCGGUCUGGGAGGUGAUCUGGGUGGCUCCCAGGAUUUCCUCAAAGCACUUUGGCCUCUUUCUGGCGUUGGCCCUGGUCACAGUUUACCGUGAGAUCAUCAUCGAUAACAACAUGGACUUCACUGACAUUAUCAAGUUCUUCAACGAGAUGGCUGAGCGUCACGAUGUCCUGCACAUCUUGAAGGUAGCCCGUGAGCUGGUGCACAGAGUCCAGUCUCUGAUGGACAACAAGUGACUGUAGAGGAAGAGGAGGGGGCGAGAGUAUAUAAAGGACACUCAGCUCUUCCUCUCAUCCCUCAGAGAGACUCAGUGUUCCCUGGCCUCCCCAUGCGCGUUGCAGGUCCUGGGAGGCCGGGUCCCCUCACCCUGCCCAGGUGAAGCGCCCUAUGAGUGGGGCAGGAAUGCUGCUGAGGGGGCCCGGCUCUGGAGCUCCGCCUCCAUCUGUUUACAUUUAACCUUCACAUGGAAUGCCCAUGGUGUCCGUUCAGACAUGUGGAUCUGUCUGCAUGCUUGUGAGUUUGAUCACACUGUGAACGCAUUUCUUGAGUCUCCCCAGUCUUACAAGAGCUUGUGUGCGUGCAUGAAAAUACACACAGACACACACAUGCACACACACAUGCACACACACACGCGCACACACACACACACACACACACAACACACACACACAUAUUUACACAUGCAGCAUUGGCUCUGACAAUACAGCAAGUUUCUCGAGUGUCGCCCUUUUCCUGACUCUGAACCAGAACAUGUUCGGUGUCUGUCAGGAAGUCAGUGUCCCUCCGCGCAGUACCAGCGGAGGCCACUAGAGUGCAGGAUUUACACACAUAGAGGAGCAGAAGACUUAGCCACGAAGAAGUUUUCAUUAGUGACCAAAUGGACUGUGCCAACUACCUUUUCAUGAGUGUUUUCUACAACAGGCAUGUGUUUUUAACCCCCUUGUUCCCCCCUCUCUUUUUUUCUUUUCGUUCAUUAUCACACAAAUGUUGCCUUUAUCAGUGACAGCCCAGCGUACCGAGUUGCACUUUUGGGAGGGUUUCCUUCAUGGUGCCUGUGAAGAGCGUCAGUGACCGUGAGGCUUGGAGGCACCACGAGAGGCCAAACUGUAGAGAAAAAAAACAGAACGGAUUGCAGCCAACUUUCCUGAGCGUGCGUAUCGGUGAUGGAAGCAUUUAAAAUGCUUAUUUCAACACAGAAAGAACAGAAGCAACAGAGCACAACAGUAGAGAAUAAAGCACACAGGCCACCCCCUUAAACUCUGAAAAUAACUUGAGCAUCUCUGUUUGUACCACCAAGGUGUAAGGUCAGGGCUGAGGUCGUGUCUCCAGGAAUACUUCUGGAAAAGAGAUAUUUAACAACCUAACAUUACACAGUUCUAAUGCUCAUUCCUUUUAGAAUAAAUAUCUUUAACUAUGAUUGUUUUUAGGGUUGAAAAACAUAUGUAUUCAUCACAUUUUUAACAGAUGAUUUAACAGAUUUAAACUAGCCAGGCGUAAUGGACCUAAAUGAGCGUAGGAGGAGUAGCUCUUUUUAUGCAUUUCAAAAAUCAUGUUGAAAUGUCCAAGAUACAGUAUGCCAACUAUUUGUAUUACUGCCUGGAACAAGAAAAUAUAAAUAAGUUGUUGAACAUUUCCUCUUAUUUGCAGUAUUAUCAUAAAUCAAAUUGUCGAUAGUUCAGUUGAAAUACCAUUUUGAAAACAUAACGCUACAAAAAACACUGAGAGACCACUGCAACAUGAUGUUUUUCUCUGGUGCUACUCUUGAGUAGUUUCUCUGAGUUUGUCUUAUAGGAAAAUAAGCAUUCUUUUAUAUUGAAUUAACUGUUUAAAAUUGUACAAAAACAGAGCAAGGCAGAACUAAAUAAAUAGAUAAAUUAAUGGGUCAAAUAAGAAACUGUGGUGCCACUAUAAAAGGGUUUAAUUAAAAUGAUUUAAAAGGUGCUGUCACAACAGUAACAUCUCAGGAGAAAGGUUGGGUGACUCGAUUAUGUGGUUGCAAAAAGUUUCAAGUAAAGCAUUAAGCAUUCCAUUUGUGUAACUGACAACAUGUCAUUAAGCUAAUGGAAGAAGUGGUGUGGUGAGGUAGACUUCCAGGUGAAGAGGAUAUGUUUUUUUAGCAACCACCAAUCUCAAAUGCAGAGACAUUCAAUCUGCAUAUUUUACAUCAGACUGAAAGUCUCCUCCUCAUACUGCAUUAACCUGCAGCCUGAGAUGAUAGAACAACAGUGAACAUGUGUCAAAGUCCCUGACCCAGGACUCCCUGGUAUGAUCAGAAGAGACCGAUAGUAAAUGUAAAGUGAUUUACAACUUUCAAUAUUAAUUAUUACAUAUUUCCUUUGUGUAAAAUGACAACUAGUUACGAUAGCAAAAAUAUGCAGUAUUUAUAAGGGCCUGACCGAUUUCAGAUUUUAAGUUACCAAUAUUAGGGAGAGAAAAAAUCUGAUACGGGUACAUGUGGAUGUUUGUGUAUCACUGCUUGACGCUCAGGAGAAUGAUGAUGCUUUUUGUAAUCCAUAUAGUGCCCUCUGCUGGUGAAAGAGAACUGCUGGUUUAAUACAGUGUUACUCAAAUGAAAUACGUUUUGACUGGUAAAUAAAUCUGGUGAUAUCCUCCCAUAUCUGUGAUAAAAUUGGCCCAUACAGAUAGUCAUUUGAUAUGCUAAUAUGAACCGAUACUAUCGUCUGGCUGAUUAUUUGGUCUGGCUCUAGUGUUUAUCAGACUGGGAAUAAUGAGACGAACACAAGUUCUUAUUCAUGUAUAUACAGCAGAAUAAUAAUGUUUGAACGUAGGACGAGUUCAGAAAUAGUUCAGUAUUUAGUGGAAUAAACCUGAUCUUAAAGUGCAGCUUUCAUGCAUCUGGUCAUGCUCUCCUCCAGUCUUAACACUGACAUUAUUUCACUCCUUGCACAAAAAGUCAGCAGCUUGUCUUUUUGAUGCAUUUUUUAAGAUACCACUUAAUAUAUUACCACAAAAUAUUCUGAUGUCAGAUCUCUUCCUGAGUUAAAAAAAACAUGAUUAUUCUGUUGAGUAUUAACUUUUUAUCAAAGUUCAUCAAAAUCUGAAAAACAGUGCAUCUUUAGUUAUCUUAACGAGUCUUCAUUAUCGACCUAAAUGAGAUCAUUUCAUUUGGAGGUUGGGAGAAAUGUUGUGUACAAUUAAACAAAUCAUUUUCCGUUUAUUCAAACAAAAACCUCUAAAUAGUAGAACCAAAGAAAAACAUACUUUUGUAAGGAGUCCUUAGUUUUUUAUUCUGGAGCUUUAUAUCUGGGUGGGGCUUUAACAGACCAGAUUCAGCUGACAGAAUUUUAAGAUGGUCCUAAUUUUACCACACAUAGCCUUAAAAUGCCAUUUCAACAUGAUUUGUUUUGCUUGUAGCUUUGCAUACAUGCACACAAUGAUUAUUUUAGGAGAAUCCGAUCACUGUUGGAAAGUAGAGAUAUACAGAGUCUCAAAUCCUCGUUUUCUGUUGGAAACAUCAGAUAUGUUCAAAGAUCUGAGCAGCAGGAAAUCUGGUUGCAAUCCUGCCUGGAGUUCAGCCUCUGAGAACAGAAUUAAGCUACAAAUCAGAUUUGCGGUUCCUGUUUUUAAAAGAAGCUGCUGCUUUUGAUGCCAAACUCUCGCCAGUGUUCAGCGAGUCAGUACACGCUCGGUCUUGGGCUUCACAGUGACAGCACAGAGUAUUAUUCAUGUUUCUACCUUGAAGGGAAUUUUUGAUACUGUUUCCCCCUUAUCAGUGUGACCCUUUAUCUCCUCUCCUCCUUAAAACGUCCGACACGGCUGCAUCUGAUUGGUCAUCCAGCACGGACCUGCACCUGUGAUCCAAGUGCCAAGAGUCUUCCCCAUCCUGAAGCGUACUGUAGUGAUCCAGCUCUCUUCACUUGCUAGUUUGAUCCCAGGAACGGGUGGAGACGUGGAUGUACGUCUCCCCUUUUCUUCUUCCAAUCAGGACGUUGUGUACCAAAGCCUUGAAAAAGCCCCCUCUGUGGCAUGACGACAAUGUGCAAUUUCAUACUGCAUCUUGAAGACUGACUGUUUACUAUGUGUGUACAAUAUUUUUGAAAAUUGUGAUUCUUUAACUACUGUGCAAUUGCUGUCGUUUCAGAAGAUCCAUUAAAGUCUAUAUUGCUGUAAAUAGGAAACUGAAAUCCUAAUAUUUCUAUGAAGACCGUGGAACCAUAAAUAUAAACAUAUAUACCUUAUUUUGAGAUCUAUUUUUUAUGUUGGUUUUAGCAGCACUAGUGGGAGUUUUAAAGUGUGCAGAGAUGCAGAAUGUGUGCAGACGUUGUUACACGUUGACUGUUAAGUGUUCCUUCUCAAUGUUGUGCACUGAUUUCAAGAUUUCUAUUUAUUAAGAGAUCCAAUGAAUUAAUUGCAUUGCUGAAUAUGUAUUGGUAAGGAUGUAUUAUUUGCCUUGAAUGUAAUGUAUUAUUAAACAACAAUUUGUUCAUGA